UAUAUUAUAUUGACAUUAUUGAUCCCACGUGCGAAUGCUCCUCGUUCUUUCGACAUUUCACGUUUAGGCAGUAAUUACACUCAAUUUUUUAUUAUUGACUUUAUUUUCUUGUGAUGUGUAAUAGUAGUUAACCGCACUACCAUGGGAAACAAGAGUAAAGUCGGAAAACAGCGGAAGGAUAAGUUUUAUCAUCUUGCCAAGGAGACAGGUUAUCGUUCUCGAGCUGCCUUCAAGUUACUGCAAUUAAACCGCAAGUAUGAAUUUCUGCAGAAAUCUCGUGUUCUGGUCGACCUUUGUGCUGCACCAGGAGGAUGGAUGCAAGUCGCCAAAACAAAUAUGCCCGUAUCCAGUGUUGUCGUAGGCGUGGAUCUGUUCCCAAUCAAACCAAUUCCGGGAUGCAUAUCACUGAAGGGUGACAUUACAACAGAGGAUUGCAAACGAGAAAUCUUGAAUGAGUUGAAAACUUGGAAAGCAGAUACUGUUCUUCAUGAUGGUGCUCCCAAUGUUGGUGCUAACUGGCUACACGAUGCUUAUCAGCAGGCUUGUCUGGUCUUGAGUGCUCUGAAACUUUCAUCGGGUAUCCUACGAGAAGGAGGAUGGUUCGUAACCAAGGUCUUCAGGUCCAAAGAUUAUAACCCACUGAUCUGGGUCUUACAACAGUUUUUUAAGAAGGUUCAUGCCACCAAACCGCAAGCCUCCCGUCUUGAAUCGGCUGAGAUUUUCGUCGUUUGUCAGCACUACCUCGCUCCUACUAAAAUCGACCCAAAACUUUUCGAUCCACGCCAUGUAUUUCAGGAGUUAGACCUGGAACCCAAAGUCAAACUUUUUGACACGCAGAAGCCAAAAGCGGAGGGAUACUCAGAGACUUACAGUGUGUAUGGUACCAGAGUUCCAGUCUCAGAAUUUUUGAAGAAUGAAUCUCCGAUGGUCCUGUUCCAGCAUGCAGCUGAGAUCACAUUUGAUCCAGAGACAGAAAGACAUCUGCUAAAUCAUCCUCUAACAACGGACGAAAUCAAGGAAUGUUGCAAAGAUAUUAAAGUUCUUGGUCGCAAGGAUAUUCGUAACCUGGUCAGUUGGAGAAAACAUCUAGUUGCAGCUCUUCUGAAAGAGAAAGAAGAAGAAGACAAGAAAAAUAUUGUCCCUGUGGAGACUAAACCAGAAAUAAAAGCCGAUUCUGACAGCGAAGAUGAUCUGGAUGAAGAUGAGAAGGAUUUGGAAACUGCUUCUAAGGAAAUUGAAGCAAUGCAGAAAGAGCUGAAGAAAGAGGCCAAGAAGAAGAAGAAAAAAGCAGCGAAGGAGCGGAAAAAACUUCAAGAGAAAAUGAACUUGAACAUGAUACAUAAAAAUGAUCUGGGACCUGUAGAAGAAACCCCUGAUGAUUAUUUCAGCUUAAAAUCCAUCAAAUCUAGGAAAGAGAUGAAUGAAGUCCAGGAAACAGCCCCAGAAGGUUUCGGUGAUUCCGAUGAGGAGAGUGAAGAUGAACGACCCAAAAAAGUACAAUAUAGCAAAGACUCAGAAUACUUGGAUGAUGAUGGAAGGUUAAUUGACUCAGAUAAUGAUUCUGAUGAGGGGGCUGAUGGUGGUGAUGAUGACGGUUUCGAUAGUGACAAUGAAGGAUUGGGGUUUGACAUGGAAGGCGUAAGCAAGAACUCCUCUAAAAAAAAGAAGGUUUCCUUUGCAGCUGAUAGUGCGCCUGACACUGAUAAUCCUUUGAUUACUGAUCUAAUGGACAAACGUACUCGAAAAGAGAGGCGUCUGCAGAUGGCUGAGCUUUGGUUUGAUAAAGAUGUUUUCAAAGAUGUGCUAAAUGAUGAAGAUGAAGAGUAUGAAUUGGAGAAAAUGAAAGAAGAAGUGAUCAAGAAGGGUGGAAAAAUAAUCGAGGAGAGGAAGAAGUCACAGCAAGAACCUUCAAAGCACUCAUUUAUGGACAGUGAGGAUGACUCGGAAGAUGAAAGCGAUGAAAGUGAUCUUGAAGACAAGGAAAAUUCCUUGUCAAAAAAGAAAGCAGACAGAGAAUAUUUGCCAGAUGAUUACGACAGCAGUGACACAGAAGAAGAAGAGAAAAAGGUUGCCAAAAAACUGAACAAGCGGAAUAGGAAACAUACUCUCACAGAGGAAGGUUUAGCAUUAGGUGAAAUGAUGAUCAGGUCCAAGAAAGCGAAGAGGGACAUAAUGGAUGCUGCCUGGAAUAGGUAUGCAUUUAAUGAUGAAAAUUUACCCGAGUGGUUUGUCAAAGACGAAAAGGAGCACAUGAGGCCACGCCUACCUGUAUCCGAGGAUCUUGUUCAGAAGUAUCGAGACAGAAACAACCCAGUCAAUGCUCGAACAAUAAAGAAAGUAGUUGAAGCAAAGGCAAGAAAGAAGAAGCAAGCAGCAAUGCAUAGAGAAAAAGAAAUGAAGAAACUAGAGAAGGUUAUGGAUAAUCCAGACAUGUCAGAGGCAGAAAAAGCAAGGCAGUUGCGACAAGCUUACAAAAAACUGAAGAAAAAGAAGACUGAAAUUAAGUACGUUGUAGCCAAACGAGCGACUGCUGCAAAACGUGCGAAGAGACCACCAGGGGUCAAAGGACCUUACAAACAAGUCGAUCCUCGUAUGAAGAAAGACACCCGUGCAAAAUUCAAAGGUGUCAAGAAAGGAAAAGGUCGCAAAGGCUCAGCCCCGAUUAAAGUGAACCAAGGCAUGAAGAGAGGCAAAGGCAAGAAAAGAUGAGAGUUGUGGAACCCAAAAGCGGGACCUAAUACCCGAUCUGUAUAUCUGUAUAGUUUCUUAUGUAUUCUAUUGUACAUAGUCUUAUACUUUUUUUUAGCCAAAUUAAGACAGUUUCUUCUCGAGUCUUUUGAUUAAUUUUAGCUUUGAACAAAUGUUUCUGCUAAUUUUUAAUCAUGUGCAAAUUUUGUGUUUUAUUUUCAAUAAAACUGUUGAACUUAUCA